GUUGCGCGUGAACAAACAUGGCAGCCUGGAUGUCGGACUCGGCGCUCGUUUCGUGAACAAAAUUCAGUCCAGCGCCUCGCCAUGUCACGCUUGGCUGACUAUUUCGUGAUCGUCGGCUACGACCAUGAGAAAGAGAGAAGCGGCAUCAGCAGUGGGGUCAUUUUGCAGAGAUUCCCAGAAAAAGACUGGCCGGACACACCGUUCAUUGACGGAAUAGAAUGGUUUUGCCAACCCCAAGGUUGGUCUCUCUCAUCAGAGCGACAAGAGCCGAAGUUCUUUGUUUACGUCUUGACAGACAUCGACUGCAACAGACACUACUGUGCGUGCUUGUGCUUCAAUGAGACUGUGUCCAUUACACCCAGCAAACCCGCUGACGAAGAAGAGGACAAUGUAGAGCUUGAAAGCAAUAGGCGGGGAGGCUCACUGACCCGAAACAUCCCUGCCAUCACCCACCACAGCAUUAUGUAUGCGCCAAAGUGCCUCGUCCUGGUCUCCAGACUCGACUACACAGAAACCUUUAGAAACUGCCUGGGCGUGAUUUACACAGCGUUCCUCAACGACCCAGGCUCAAAUGACUCGAGCAUGCCCCUUGAGACUUUGGUCGGCAAUAUUCUUGGCUGCGUCCAAGUUCCUCCUCCCGGUGGACCUCAAGUCCGCUUCAGCAUUGGUGCCGGCGACCGACAGGCCCUCCAACCUCCACUCAGUGCCACCCUGCCUGUCACAGGCUCCUCAGUCAGCCUCUUGUUCCACCAGUUUGGCAUUCGAAAUGUGCUAUCUUUGCUGUGUGCCAUCAUGACCGAGCACAAAAUCCUGUUCCACUCAAAGAGUUACUCUCGCCUAACAGAGGGUUGCCGUGCUCUGAUCGCCCUCAUGUACCCUUUUAAGCAAAGCCAUGUCUACAUUCCCCUGCUACCUGCCAACCUGCUCGAGGUUCUUUCCACACCAACCCCAUUCCUUAUGGGUAUUCACUCCUCAUUAAAAGGAGAAAUCAUUGAUCUGGCUGAUGUUAUUGUUGCCGACAUGGACGGUGGCGCCCUGACUGUCCCUGAAGGUCUGCACCUUCCUCUUUUGCCUGAGCCACUGCUGACCCAAACUCAGGACGCUCUGAUGCUGGUGCUGCAGCCUGAGUUGAGCAUUUCCGACCUGGCAUUUGCCCCCGUAGCACAGCGACCGCACUCGAGUCAGACAAUGCUAGACAAAGAGCUGCGGGCCGUGUUCAUGCGCACCCUGGCCAACUUGCUGCAGGGCUACCGCAGCUGCUUGACCAUAAUUCGAAUCCACCCUAAGCCCCUGAUCACAUUCAAUAAGGCUGCCUUCCUGAGUGAACGAGGCCUGACCGAGUGCGACUUUACCACCAGACUGCUCGACUGCAUGUUUUAUACAGGGUUUGUGCAAGAACGAGGGCCCCCGUGGAGGGUGUGUGACCUUUGGGAUGAACUUUAUAGCAACCUGGGAGAGCAACUGAGGCAGGAGGGGCAGGACCCCAGCCUCGUUCUCACUCACAUACAGGACUUGGCAAAGAAGUUGCACGUCAAUGAGAACCCAAACCCGCAGCCCUAUGUUCAAAAAAUUGGCCGACCCCCUGAAGGCGCCUCUUCCAGAAUUCACCAACCAAAGUUUCCAUUGCUCUCGUCUGAAAACGUUCAAAAAAUCAUUGAUGAUGAGCUUACCAAAUUCAGUCUGAAGUCGAGCACUGGUGAACUGGGCUGGCUGGACUCAAUGCGCACAAGUCAGCCAAGAAUCGUUCCAAUGGGUGCUUUGGUCAGCAACAUCCAGGACUCCAAUAGGCAGAUAAUAACAAACUCGGCCAGAAGAUUAGAAGUUUUGAAAAAUUGCAUUAAUUGCAUUUUUGAAAACAAAAUCUCUGAUGCUAGAAAAACGUUCCCAGCAGUAUUAAGGGCGCUCAAGGCAAAGCAGGCUCGACUGGCUCUCUGCACAGAACUUUCCCAGCAUGUGUUGGGGAACAAAGCCAUGCUUGAACACCAGCAGUUUGACCUGAUUGUCAGGUUGAUGAAUUGUGCCCUGCAAGAUGACUCGGUUAUGGACGGACACGGUGUAGCUGCAGCUCUUCUUCCUCUGGCAACGGCAUUUUGCCGGAAACUCUGCACCGGUGUUAUACAGUUUGCCUACACUUGCAUCCAGGACCACAAAAUAUGGAAGAACCAACUGUUCUGGGAGUGUUCAUUUUACCACGAUGUGCAGAAGGACAUCAAAGCUUUGUACCUGAGCAAACCCGAGGCAUUUAGUAACAGCCCAAUAAUGAGGAGAUCCAUGGAAAGAGAGCCUCCACUCAGUCCGGGCAAGGAAUAUCCUUGGAAGGACCGUAGGUCACCUUACGUCAGACAGAUUGAACCUUCGGCAUUGGAAAUUGCAGCUGAACAAAUGAGAGUUUGGGGAAACUUUGAUCCUGCCUUACUUACAGAGAAACAGAAGGAAUACAUUAGCAGCGAAGAGUCGACACUUUACAGUCAAGCAAUACAUUAUGCAAACCGCAUGGUUUACCUUCUGGUACCUCUUGACAUAGGAGCCAAGUCCCAACACAACCACCGUGAUAGACAUCACGGGGACGACGACGACCGUGCCAGCAACAGCAUCACAAAUAGCAUGAUUGAGAGUGACAGCCUGGAUGCCGAGUCCGGCUUUGAGGAGCAGGACCCAAGUGAAAUUGGCAACAAUGUUAUUAAGACAGUCACUCGGUUUGUGGACAAAGUCAGCACUGAGGGUAAUGUAAGUGCCGAGCACAUCAGGAGCCUUCACCAGAUGAUCCCCGGCGUGGUUCACAUGCAUGUCGAGACACUUGAAGCUGUUCACAGAGAGUCGAAGAGACUUCCUCCUGUGCAAAAGCCUAAAAUCAUGGAGCCCACUAUGCUGCCUGGAGAAAUGCCAAUCGUUGAGAAUCUCCGAGUAUUCCUUCUUCCUGAUGGCAGAGAGGACCCUAGUGGUGCCCUUGGUGGUCCUACCUUGCUUCCAGCAGAGGGAGCUCUGUUUCUUACAAAUUACCGUGUAGUGUUCCGAGGCACACCAUGUGAUCCAUAUGUUUCCGAGCAUGUAAUUGUACGUGCAUUCCCAAUCACCACUCUGACCAAGGAGAAGAGGAUAAGUGGUGUUCACAUUCAAUCCAGUUUGGACCAAAUGGUGCAAGAGGGUCUUCAAUUGCGUUCGUGCACCUUCCAGCUAAUCAAAGUGGCCUUCGAUGAGGAGGUGACCACGGAAAUGAUCGAGGCCUUCCGAAAGUCUCUGCACAAAGCCAAAAACCCGAUGCACCCAUUCCAGUACUUUGCCUUAAAUGGUCACGCCAUACCAGAGACGAUUGUCAAAGAUAAGGAAAAGAAUGCGACUUUGAAGGGUUUUGCCAAGAAAACACUCUUGAAAACAGCACGGAAAGCUGGAUUGAAGUCGAAGAGCACAUCAAAAAAGCAGAGGUAUGUUCUGCCCAACAUGGGAGGAAACAAUAACAAGUACCUGACCUCACCUAGCCGCAUGAGCCUGCCUCCAAAUGGCUUUGACCUUAGCGAGUACCCUGAAGAAGAUAACGAGUCAAUUCUGGAAGAAAUGGAUUUGGUGCUUCCCUCUGGCUCUCCAGCACUGUCUGAUGCAAAAACCCUUGAGCGCCUUUCUGAAAGGAGCUACGUUCGAGAUUGGAGCCGUCUAGGCUUCUGUUCCGAUUCAUCAACCUCUGUCCUCAGCAACGGUACCAUGAACCGGCAGAGGACUGACCCUUUCAGGAUCACCACUGUCAAUCAUGCUCACAUGGUGUGCUAUAGCUAUCCGGCAAUGCUUGUUGUUCCCUACAAUGUGUCCGACGAUAGUAUUAGGCGAUUGACUAGGUGCCACAGAGGAUCAAGAAUCCCUGUUAUUACAUGGAGACACCCCAGGACCAAAGCUUUGCUUCUUAGAGGCUCCAGUUUCCAUGGUAAAGGCGUGAUUGGCAUGUUCAAAGGCCACCAAGCAACUACAGUUUCUACUUCCGAGUCUGUUGCUUCUAAUAUCGAGCAGGAAAAAUUCUUGAAUUCUAUCGUGCAAGCAACACCGUCUGCAUUUUUGAAACAAGGUUCUUCAGCUUGGGGAAUGACAGAAAGCAGCUUGAGCAUUGAUUCGCUCCUCAUUACUGUUGACCCUGAACACCACUCAAUUCACGGCACCACUCCUGAGCAAACAAGGAAAACUGCCAGCAAUCCAUUCAGCAAGAUGGUUGCAGGCACCCUUGGACGCAAAAGUGGAGGCAAAACAGCUUCAAUGGCUUUUGGUAGGUGGGGUUCUUUGAAGGAUAGGCGCCAGAGCUCACAAGCCUCUCUUCCAACCCUAACAGUUCCUCCGAAGAGCUCGCAGAGAUACUCAACCGACUCAGACUCUGGCACCGAGUGCGUUCACACCCUGCAAAGAGCAGCCCUUUACAUUUUCGGAGAGAAGUCUCAAAUGAAGGGUGUCAAAACAGACUCUGGGCAGAAGAUCGACUUUAUUCCUGUAGAGUAUUUUGAGGUUAAAAACACUAAGAACGCAUUCAAGAAGCUCAUGCGCGCUUGUGUACCGAGUUCUGUAUCUUCUGAGCCCGACCAGACUUUUGCCAAAUUGAUCGAAGGUUCAGAGUGGCUGCUGCAGCUACAGGGUGUGAUGCAACUGGCUGGUGCUGCAGUUGAUCUGCUUGACGUGCAGGGAUCCUCUGUGAUGAUUUGUCUUGAAGACGGCAUGGAUAUCACUGCACAGAUUUCUUCUGUGGCUCAAAUCUGCCUUGACCCCUACUACAGAACUCUGGGAGGGUUCAGAGUACUUAUUGAAAAGGAGUGGCUUGCUUUUGGCCACAAGUUCGCCCAGCGAAGCACCUUGACCGAGGACAGCGCAGAAUCUGGUUUUGCUCCUAUUUUCCUUCAAUUUCUAGAUAUAGUUCACCAGAUCCAGAAGCAGUUUCCUUUGGCAUUUGAGUUCAAUGAUUUCUUCCUCCGGUUCCUGGCGUACCACUAUGUCUCAUGUAGAUUCCGAACAUUCCUCUUUGAUUCUGAGAGGGAACGAGUUAUGAACGGAAUCGCAGCUCUCGACGACAAACGUGGCUCGCUGUCUUCUCAUUACAAGGGAGUUGACACUGGUUCAGAUGAUGACUCCUUCUAUCCCGGUGGACGUCUUGCUGGCCAAUCUCCUAGCACCCCGAAUCUGGGCCAGUCAGUUUUUGAUUACAUUGAGAAGCAGCACGCCCGUUCACCCAUUUUCUACAACUUCUUGUACAUGCCCGACUCCGAUAACUCAAUUUUGAGGCCGCAGUCGCACCUGAGCAGCCUUGAGGUGUGGGAGUAUUACCUGGGCGAAGAGCUCUGCCACGGGGCAAGCUACGACCUGGAAAUUGUGCAGCAAGAUGCAGCCACUGCAGAAGGAGACAAGGAAAUUGCUUCUAUCAGCUCUGACAGUGGCCGAAGCAUGAUUAACAAAAAUGUUGGCCGGUUGGUCACAUUUGGGUAUGAUGGUGUUCCACAAUGCAUACCAGACUCCUUCUCUUAUUUGCUGGAGGAAACACACCGAUGUGAAAUUGAUCUAGAGAGGCUACCUCAAAAGUGGAGGCAAAUUUGGGAUAAACUGGAAUUGCCACCUACAGACUCAUUCAAUAGUCGCCAUCAGUCGUUCACUCAGCAGUUAGUUCGUCUGCAUGGCCGACUGACGCACAAACGGUCCACCAUAGAGAUUCUCAUGAGAGGCAAGUUGGUGAAUGCUGCUCUGGACACAGCCAGUGUGACUGGCAGUGCGGCCAGCAGCACCGUGGGCGCUGUGGCAGCAGCUAGUGGCUACUCUCGGCCGCACCGCUUCGACCACUACGACUUCCGCACACCGAGCUAUUGCGACCAAUGUUCCAACAUUCUGUGGGGACCUGUCAAAACUGGUGUCAAAUGCAAGGACUGUGGCUACAGCUGCCACGAAAAGUGUGUCGAGGGCAUCACCAAGAAUUGCUCCAAGUUCCGGCCAGUGUCCACCGUGGAGAACUCGCACAUGCCUGCAGGCAAUAAACAUGUUGGAGAAGACACCAGAUCUGUCAAUUCAAAUGUUACCCCCUCAAACCAGCAGUAUUAUGACCAGUACUCCUCAAAUGUAGCCGAAAACCGAACACACGAGGGCUAUUUGUACAAACGAGGUGCUCUUCUCAAAGGAUGGAAGAUGCGCUGGUUUGUGCUUGACUCGAUAAAGCAUCAGCUCAGAUACUACGACUGCAUGGAAGACACAGCUUGCAAGGGGGUUAUUGAUCUGGCAGAUGUCGCAUCAGUUUUCCAAGCGCCACCUGCACCUGUACCUCCUAAGAAAACGGACGACAAAUCUUUCUUUGAUGUGAAAACUAGUCGAAGAACCUAUAAUUUCUGUGCCAGCAACGAAGCUGCAGCUCUAGAGUGGAUAGAGAAAAUUCAAGCCUGUCUUCAGUAAGCCAGAACUUGCCCACUCUCCUUACAAACAAACUUGUUGUCCUAUGUGCUCUGUUGAUGAUUUUCAGAUGCUUUUAAGCUCUCUCACUCUCCUAAGUAAUAUAUUAUGAUUAUUGUUAUUGAAUGAAUUGAUUUAUAAUAUGAUUACGAACAUAUCAGCCAAACAAGAAUAAUGGGGAAAUUUAAACCAGGCCACAAAUUCACAAGCCAAUUUGAAUAGGGAUUCUUUCGGACGGUUUUCAGCUCAGUGUGGUCACAAUAACAUGAGGAGACACAAUAGUGCUUGUAAGACUGAUCUGGGAAAUACACACACUUUUUAAAGCAUGACAACCGCUGUGGCCAAUAAAUAAUUGUGAUAAUAAAUUUAAACCAACCACACUUCAUUACUUCAAGGUGUCGAUUAUAAUUGAUUUGGAGGGUCCUGCCCUUUUGUAAAUAGAAAGAGCAAAAUUACAAGGGAUCAAAAUUUAAAUUCGUAUCAAUCUAGUGUUUUAAAACACAAAAUAAUACGGGGCCUCCAAGUUGCAUAAUUAUUUCUUAGUGGAUAAUCAGGACAAUGCAUUUAGACGGCAAAAUCAUCUGGGGCUUUAUGAAUUCUAAUUUUAUCUCUGUGGGUUUGGUAACGGAACCUGCUUACCAAUUUGUAGUAAUUUGAUCUAUUUAAUGGCCAAAUUUUUAUUAAGGCACUUCAUUUGUGCUACUUUCGUAAGCACAAAAAAAUUCAUGCUGUUUGUAAAUAAUAUUAAUUACGUUUGGUUUGAGUGAUGUCAAAAAUGUUUUUUUUU